GGACAAAAACAUCAAGUGGUGGUCCAUGUACAUUGCAUGGAUCUUCAUGGCAGCUUUAUAUCAUCUUCCAAGUUUUCAGUCGAUGGGAGUCGACUUGAGAAUGAACCUUUCUCUCUUCAUCACAAGUUAUAUCACCUCCCUUCUUUUUCUUAUUGUUUUCCACAUUAUAUUUCUCGGGCUUUGGUACUUGGGCAUGGUUUCGCAAAUGGCAGAAAAGAGACUAGAGAUACUCACUAUCAUCCAAAACUGCGCAGUCAUAAGUAUAGCAUGCUGUGUAUUUUACAGUCAUUGCGGUAAUCGAGCUAUCACAAGAGAGAAGCACUUUGAUAGAAGAAACUCAAAUUGGUUUUCUUUCCCUUUGUGGAACAAACAAGAUAGAAAUAUAUGGAUAUCCAAGUUCCGUAAAAUGCACGAGUGGAAGGACCAAAUUUGUUCUUCCUGGUUUGCGCCGGUUGGCUCUGCUAGCGACUACCUGCUCUUUUCUAAAUGGGUCAUCUAUGGGGAGUUAGCUUGCAAUGGAUCGUGUCCUCAUCUUUCAGAUGAAAUAUCGCCUUUAUAUUCAUUGUAGGCAACGUUUAUCGGACUCUACAUUACUAAUUAUGUCAUCGAACGAUCAACUGGGUAUGUUAAUUCACUAUAACUCUUAAACAUAAAUGCUACUUUCUUUUA